AUGUCUAUACUUACCAAAAAGUUGAAUGAUGGGAAUGAAAUACCCAUUGUGGGAUAUGGUAUAGGAACCGCAAAUUCCCGACAAGAAUGUUCGGCUCAAAUCGUCUCCGCCCUCAACACGGGUUAUCGAUAUAUCGAUACUGCAGAGAUGUAUAAGAACUGUUCUAGUGUCAAAGAUGCUUUGGCUGAAUGGGGAGGGAAAAGAGAAGAUGUUUUCAUUUUGACCAAAUGGGGUCUUGUCGAUCUCUCAGGUGAUAAUGACCCUAGGGAGACUUUGCUAAAGUUGUUGGAACAAAUGGGACUUGAUUAUGUGGACUUGUAUCUGAUACAUACCCCUCUCCAUGCUACAGUCAAUGGACGUACCCAAUCUGAAUGUUGGAAAAUGAUGGAAGAUCUCAAGAAAGAAGGUCUGGCCCGUUCUAUAGGGGUAAGCAAUUACAGGGAAGAAGAUUUCCUCGCUUUCGAAACCACUUGGGAAUUUCCACCUGCAGUGAACCAAUUAGAGUAUCACCCUUACAACGCUCACCCAGCCAACAUGAUCCGCAUGAAAACCAUAUGCGAUAAGCAUGAAAUCCUUAUCAUGGCUUAUGGUUCUUUAGCUCCUCUCACUAGAGCUACUGGUCCUCCUCUCGAGAACGUGAUAGAGGGAAUGGCGAAAGAGACAGGGAUGACGACGGGUCAGGUGUUACUCAAAUGGUCUGAGCAGUAUUCAGGAGGGAUCAGCGUAACCACAUCUACGAAAGUUCAAAGACAAAAAGAGCAAUUGGAGGCGUUCACGAUCUGGCCGCCCCUCAGUGAUGAUCAGGUGGAUCGUAUAGCCCAAGUUGGAAAGGAGAGGUAUUUCCGUCAUUUUGGCAAGUCCAUUUGGGAUAAAGCAGCUCCAUGA